AUGAUUACCCCACAAAAGGUCCUCUCUCCCUUACUCUCGCUAUCAUCAUGCCCCCUCGGUAACGGGUGCAGGCACCAAGACGACGCCACCAAGCCCGUUGUCUUCUCCUCCACUAACACCAUCAACCUCCUCGAUCUAGAACUCACAACGCCACCGGACCACCCCAGACCCUACUUCAUCCGCAGCAACUCACUUGCCCACUCCUUCACCAUCAUCGGGACUAACGCGCCGCCCUCCAAAAACCUGGUCGUCCACCCCCACCUACACAAGAAGCACUAUGAAAACUUCUUUACCAUCAAGGGGAGAGUCCACCUGUGGACCCAGAGCGGAGGCGAAGCCGAGCAGCAGGCCCGGGUCAUGACGCAGCACGACUUCGGGUCGUGCCCGCCAAACACGAACCACACGCUGCAGGUCAUCGACCAUGACACGGAGCUGUUCGAGACGGUGUUCCCGGGUGGUUUUGAGAAGUUGUUUUACAUCAUCGGGGACAAGCAUGACUCGCCCAACUUUGAGUUUGGGAAUUCGUUUACGGUUCUGGAGGGCCGGCUUAGUGUUUCUGUCGAGGGACAUCGCCCGGCUGAGCUGUACACGGGUGACACGGUUGAUGUUCCGAGGCAUUCGCGUUUCAGCUACCACAGCAACGCGCACUUUACCAAGGUGAUUUAUGUGGCGGCUUCUCACGAUGGGGUCGAUACAAUCCUGAUUCGAAAUGGAGAAUACGUUGGGAGUCCAACGUUUCCCGCGGACCAGAUAUGA